AUGUCUGAAUUACCUUCUAGGUUAAAGCUUCUAGACCUUUGCAGAGCUGGAACUGGAGCUUUUCAAAACUACACUUUCCCAUCAUCAAUACAAGAACUACACCUCACGGACUUAAAUUUGUCAGAUAUGAGUGGAGUCAAAUUUGCCAAAGGGUCAAAGUUGAAAGAAUUAAAGUUGAGGUGUUGUGUUUCAAGAAAAAUCGACGACAAAAUGAUCGAGCUACCCCUCGGCUUGAAAGUACUAGACGUGUAUGGCAAUUUCUUGGAAGACAUCAAUAAUGUCACCAUUCCGCAAACAGUUACCUUUCUAGACUUGAGAUAUAACAAAUUGAAAUCCUUGGAAUUUAAGUCCCAUAUUGAGACACUAUACCUUUGCGAUAAUUAUAGCUUAUCAAGUCUUACGAUACCAAAGGAUCUGGAGCUAAGAGUUCUUGAUCUCAUGGGAACUGAAUUUAGGAAAUUACCACCUGAUUUACUUGGGGCUGAGAAACUCACACAACUACGACUAGGGCUUCAGCUUAAAGUGUUUGACUUUCUAAAGGUGCCCAUCAACAUUCGGGCUUUACAGAUUUCUCGGCGCUGUGUAGUAAAAGGACCUCACAGGUAUCCCUAUAAGAUAAUAUUCAGAAGUUCAUUUGAGGUUCCAUAA